AUGCGUUUUGGGCUUCCAGAUAACUAUAGUGUGGUGCUGCCUGAAGUGCCAGUGCCCGCUGCCCUGAGGCAUCAGGUGGUACCAGCUCCGUUGAUGGAGAAGCUCAAUGUGGUGACCCCCACUCCGGUGACUAAGUUCCAUCGUCAGCUUCAACAACUUGAAGAAGGGAUCCAGCCACGGGGUCCCUUGCCUGAGGCUGAAAUCGAAUCCCUCGAGCAAGAGUUCCACAGCAUCAUGAAACUACAGCUUCAAACUAUCUCGGAAAAUACCGCCCAGUCGCUCCAACGUCAGCGACAGAACACUCAAGCGGUCAUCAAGCUUGAACAACAACGUCUUGAAGCCGAAGAAAAACGCCGACAAGAAGAAGAAAAACGACGCCGGGAAGAGGCGGAAAAGCGACGUAAAGAGGAAGAACAACGACGCAAGCAGGAAGAAGAACGCAAACGCCGAGAAGCAGAGGAGCAGAAGCGUAAGGCUGAGGAAGAACGCAAACGCCAGGAAGCGCAGAAAGAAGUGGAAAAGAAACAGGAAGAGGAACGCCAACGCCAGCUUGCCUCACAACUGAAGUGCACCACGAACUUUACCAGCAUCGACCAACAAUUCAAGAAAUACAAAAAAGACAUUGCCGAUAUUAAGACCCAGGUGGUACAGACGGUUACUAAUGAUCAAGUGUUAAAGAAGCAGGUGGGCGCUUACAAACGGAAGCUUAACGUUAAAUUUGGUCAGCUUCUGGACCUGAAGCAGCAUUUGACUGCGAUUGGACAAGAGGUCAUCAAUAUUUUGAAACAAACACAAAGCCAUCCGGCCGCCUACAAGUUCAUACUCAAUUUUGUUGCCAAAGCCAUCAUUUCUCAGGCAGAAACCGAGGUUGGGAUCAAGCUUGAGCGGGCUCAACCUCUCGCACACAUGGCAUACAUAUUGCUCAAACAGUUCCCCGAGUUUGAAUACUUUUUAACCGCUCGUUUCGUCAAAAAGUGUCCCUACAUCAUUGGCUAUUCGUGUCUGAUCGACACUGAGGAAGGCCGUUAUCGCAUGAACUGGAAGCGCACUGAUAGCACUUGGGAAGAUGCUGUCAAGUACGAAGAACGGGUGGGGGGUAUCGCCGCGGUGUGGGCAGUGAUGUCGUGGCUCACAGAGUACGGCGAACAAGUGUCAAUUUAUCUGUUUAAAAGCCAAUGGCAAUUUUUGGCUCGCAUGCUUAAUACCAGUCAGCUGAUACUUGAUAACACUCACUUUGCCGUCGUCUCGUCAUGGUGGGAAGUGGCUGCGUCACAUUUCUUACCCCAAUACGGUCGUCAAUCAGCUAAGUUACUUCAAGCAGUGGCGCUGGCGUGGCCCAUGUCAGUAUCACAACAACACUUCCUGGGGGCGGCUCGAUUAUUGAUUGCGGGAGAGGAGUGGGAGAAGCUGGGCCAAAUCAAAGGGAUCAAACCAAUGAAUCCGUGA